AUGUCCCGAACGGAAGAACUCCUCCACCAAGGGACGUCCCACACGGAAAACAUCACCCACCAAAGGCCGAGCCAAGGAACAGCCAAGAGACACCAAGAACGGCGCCAAGGGAACGUCAACGCAUACAAAACUCUGUCCCAAUGGGAAGACUUAAUCCACCAGGAGAUGGCCCAAAUGGAGGAAUCCAUCAACCAAGAGACGGCGCAAAUGGAAGAAUCCAUCAACCAGGAGACGUCUCAAAUGGAAGAAUCCAUCAACCAGGAGACGUCUCAAAUGGAAGAAUCCAUCAACCAGGAGACGUCUCAAAUGGAAGAAUCCAUCAACCAGGAGACGUCUCAAAUGGAAGAAUCCAUCAACCAACAGACGUCCCAAAUGGAAGAAUCCAUCAACCAACAGACGUCUCAAAUGGAAGAAUCCAUCAACCAAGAGAUGUCCCAAAUGGAAGAAUCCAUCAACCAGGAGAUGUCCCAAAUGGAAGAAUCCAUCAACCAAGACCUGUGCCAAGGAAAAGCCAAGAGACCCCAAGAACGGCACCAAGUGAAAACCAAUGGAUACAAAACUCUGUCCCAAUGGGAAGCCUUAAUCCACCAGGAGAUGUCCCACAUGGAAGAAUCCAUCAACAAAGAGACAUCCCACAUGGAAGAACCCACCAACCAGGAGAUGCCCCAAAUGGAAGAAUCCAUCAACCAGGAGAUGUCCCAAAUGGAAGAAUCCAUCAACCAGGAGAUGUCCCAAAUGGAAGAAUCCAUCAACCAGGAGAUGCCCCAAAUGGAAAAAUCCAUCAACAAAGAGAUGUCCCAAAUGGAAGAAUCCAUCAACCAGGAGAUGCCCCAAAUGGAAGAAUCCAUCAACCAGGAGACGUCUCAAAUGGAGGAAUCCAUCAACAAAGAGAUGUCCCAAAUGGAAGACUUGGUCAACCAAGACCUGUGCCAAGGAAAAGCCAAGAGACCCCAAGAACGGCACCAAGGGAAAACCAAUGGAUACAAAACUCUGUCCCAAUGGGAAGCCUUAAUCCACCAGGAGAUGGCCCACAUGGAAGAAUCCAUCAACCAAGAGACAUCCCACAUGGAAGAACCCACCAACCAAGAGAUGCCCCAAAUGGAAGAAUCCAUCAACCAGGAGAUGCCCCAAAUGGAAAAAUCCAUCAACAAAGAGGUGCCCCAAAUGGAAAAAUCCAUCAACCAGGAGAUGCCCCAAAUGGAAGAACCCAACAAUGAAGAGACGUCCCAAAUGGAAGAAUCCAUCAACCAAGAGAUGCCCCAAAUGGAAGAAUCCAUCAACCAGGAGAUGCCCCAAAUGGAAGAAUCCAUCAACUAG